AUGGCGCCAGUACGUGACACGCGGUGGUUAGGGUUCGGGGUGACAUUACUAACCCUGGCGGUACUGGUGGGUCUGGGGGUGGAAGCGACAGAGCCAACUGACAGCUACCGAUUGACGGGGAGCGGUGGCAGCAGCAGCAGCAGCAGCGCAUCGACAGCGUCCGCAAUGGAGACGGUGUCAACAUCAACUUCAUCAACCUCAACCGCCGCUACUAUCAACCGCUGUCGCGAAGCCUGCCUGACAAAGCAUGCCGUACCCGACAUGGCGUGCAGCCAAACGCGAGCCUGCUCUACGUGUUGGAGCAGCUGUACAAAUCCGGGCGUUCUACCACCAACACCGCCAUCCGGUAGAACCACUCUGCCCCGAUGUCAGUUACUGCUCACCGUGCAACGGAUGGUACGCAACGAGUCUCUCGUCACGGCGGAUGUCAGCUGGUCGGCAACCCAGUCCGACAUCUGCAGUGGUACCAGCUUCGGACUUCCCGGUUCCAACCAAUGUCUCGUCACGUGGGAAGUGUCCGGCGGUGGGCUGAUGGGUAACCUGCUGACUGAGUCCACCAGCGUGCAGCUAUCGCUCUGGUCCGACACAAACUACCGCGUGCAGGUUACAUGCCGCAGUAAGCAUUCGAGCUCCCUGAUCCGGUCGGCACCGCUUGUUCUGAGUACCGCCGGUGCCAGCACCACGCAGGAGGCACAUCGGAAGACGCCGCUGCCGGAUGUGACGGCUUCCACGGUACAGCUGCUAAGCGAAAUUGCCGAAGGUGAUGACGAUGAGGCACUGGCGCGCGAACUCGACUCCUCCGAAGACCUCGACCGGGAUGGGCACCGUAGGCGACCACCGGGUCGUCUCCAUCCCUGGCCAAUCGCACGUGAAAGCGAGAGUGAGAUCGCUAUCCUGGCAUUGUUUGUCGCGAUGCUGCUCUUUCUGCUCGUCCUGCUAACGAUCGUGAUACUGGUCAAGUGGCGGCCCGCCCCCGGUGAGCCCGACCGGCACGAGAAAGCUGUACUGGUGGAGAACGACGUUAUGGUUGAGAUCCUGCACGUCUAGAAGCACAGCGGGUGAGUGUAAAUAUUCAACGAUCGCAACCUAACCUGCUGCCCUUGGUGCGGGCGAUCGGAUUAGCUAAAUGAAACACAUGCAGCAAACACACUUUGGUCAAGUCUCCCUUCGCUAGUGAAUGGGGUGAGCAAACAAAAACCAACGAAUUAAUCUAGCUAGAAUUGUUGUCUAAGGCUGCCGUAACAAAGCGGACGAAAAAAAAACAACAAAAACUAAUCUCACACGCCAUGAAACAAACGAACAGCAAAACUCCCGUUUAUUUUCCGUUGGCGUUUGCUUCUAUUCUUAGCACAAACAAAUGACGCUGAAAUUUCAACUCUACACUCCACGACUCCAAUCCUUCGCUUUGCCUCCAUUGAUUGCAUCAUUUGUAGAUAAAUGCCUCUCAUUAGAUUUUUAAAAUGCAAAACACCACUGUUCUUUAGGGAUGUCGUUUCGCAAACACCCAAUACAAAACAAACAAACAAAAAAACACCGACGCACUAUGAAUUAAAUCUGUGUGUAUAUGUCUGUUCUACAACUUCUUCCUCGCCUACGCUUAAUUGGACCGUUAACGGACUCCUAGUAGACGACCAGAACCGAUGAGCGCGAACGAAAGCUAAUUGGAAAUAAUUGUCUCGCAAACCAGUGUGUGCCCAAGUUUCGGGAGUGGAUAAUACGAAACAUUAUCAGGAAAAUUACUCAAAUUAUAGCGCUCGACGGUGGUGUGAAUUGGCUGUAAGCAUAAAGGCAUAAUACUUGCUUCGUAAAUGUUUCACACAACGUAUCCGUUCAGUACAAAACAUUAUCAACGAAGAUGAAUUAGUGAAAAUUUCAAUGCCAAAAAGCGCAGAAAGGAAACGGGCCUAUUUUAGCGAAGGUGGUAAUACAUUUUGGCGUAGCAUUAAAAAUGGCUGUAGAAAGACGACAACAAACAAACAUCAUUUUUAAAUAUCGAGAAGCAUUUUUUUCCAUCCUUAACGCUUGCUGCGCGAUUAUGUAAAUAUGUGCAUUAAAAAUUGUUGCCAAGCUAAGAUUAUUCGUAAGAUUUUACGUAAGAUAAAGAAAGAGAUCUAUAUAUUAGAAUAGGGCAAUGAAGAUUUUUUUCUAAAGCUUUGUUUCUAAAGUUACAACAAAAAGCUAGAAUAUUGUGCCAACUAUAAUAUACAGAUGACGUAUCGUAAUGCCGAUGAGAGUGUAUCCCCUUUUCCGUCUUAUUAGAUUUUAACAAAAAGCAACUCUCAACAUAGCGAAAUAUAAAAAAAAUAAAAUAGCAUUAAAAAAACACACACACAAAGAAACAUAAAUUAACCUCCUCUUGUGCAGGAAAGGCAAAAUAAAAAGAAAAGCCACAAACACAGGGCCGGAAAACCUAAUCAGUUCCUUAUGCAAGCAAAAGAGAGUCUCCGGCCAUUUGCCUGCCAGCAGUAGCAGUAAUCAACCGAUUGAUAGUUCAGCAUAUCGUUGCCGUGUUAGUCCCAGCAACAGCUAAAUUAAAACAGCAACGAAUAAAGACAACAGCAAAAAACCACAGCAAACGAAAGAUAAACCUGCUGAGCUGACCGAGCACGAGCGAACGAGAGAAAUGGAAAGAUAAUUGUAGCAAAAGCAUUAGUAGCAGUUUCUUGCUUUGCUAUUAUUUGUUUUGCUUUGGAAGCGAGAAGGAUUGACGAGGGAACGAACGGAAUGGGGUAAGAGAGAGAGA